AUGGUCUCGAGCACGAUCUACGAUGCCGUCGUGGCGGCCAUCCCACCACACGUCAAGGCGCAGACUCCGGUGCACCUCUUGGCAUGGAUACCCGGUCAGACGCCACUCUCGACAGUGCCCUCGAUCGUAGCUGCUGUCAUCACGUAUCUGGCGGUGAUCUUUGGCGGUCGAGAACUCAUGAAGAACCGCGCUCCUUUGACGACGAGCAUCAAGCUUCCGUUUUUGGUGCACAACUUGGCGCUCACGUUCGGCUCGGGUCUGUUGCUGGCACUUAUGCUCGAAGAGAUUCUGCCGAUCGUUCGUCGCAACGGUCUCUUCUACGGUAUCUGCGGCGAAGGCGCUUGGACAAUGAAGCUGGAAACGUACUACAUGAUCAACUACUACUUCAAGUACUGGGAACUCGUAGAUACGGUCUUCCUCGUGCUCAAGAAGAAGCCGCUCCAGUUCCUGCACGUCUACCACCACUCGGCUACCGCGGUACUCUGCUUCUCGCAGCUGCACGGCAAGACGUCGGUCUCUUGGGUGGUCAUCUGCCUCAACUUGGCAGUGCAUGUGCUCAUGUACUUCUACUAUGCGCUCACCUCGCUCAAGAUCCCCUGUCCCUGGAAAAAGUCAGUCACCACGGCGCAGAUCACGCAGUUUGUAAUCGAUCUCGUCGUCGUCUACUACGCCUCUUGGAACCACCUUGCAUCCACGUACCUGCCCAACUUGCCACACCGCGGACCGUGCGCAGGCAAGGAACACGCCGCGUUCUCCGGGAUCAUCUGCCUCACCAGCUACCUCUUCCUCUUCAUCGCCUUCUACCGAAAGACGUACGCAAAGGACAAGGCGCGCAGGGCGGCCAAAGCGGCGGCCAAACACGCAAACGCUCACAAACCAAAAUCGCACUAA